CACCAUUCAACAACUCCACACCCUUUUUUCCCUAAUUUCUCCCCUAUGGUUCUGGAGUGAACUCAAAGUCUCAAAAGCUUUCACACACCAUAAUCUAAAAAUCUCCCUAUGGCAAACAUUAACUUCACAUAUUAUUCACUUCUCCUGCACCUCUUCUUCCUUCCAUUCAUCACUAGUUCAGCUUCCAUCCAUGAUCUCCUCAUCAGCCAAGGCCUUCCAGCUGGGCUGUUCCCAAAAGAUGUUGUGAAAUCAUACAAAGUGGAUGACUAUGGACACCUUGAAGUCUACUUGGAUAAGCCCUGUGUUGCUAAAUUUGAGACCAGGGUUUUCUUUGACACUGUGGUCAGAGCAAAUCUCACUUAUGGUGGACUCACUAAUAUGCAAGGAUUGUCUCAAGAGGAGCUGUUUUUGUGGUUGCCUGUUAAGGAUAUCAUUGUGUAUGACCCUUCCUCUGGCCUAAUUCUGUUUGACAUUGGGUUGGCUCACAAACAGAUGUCUCUUUCUCAGUUUGAAGACCCUCCUGCUUGUAAUCCUCAAGGGGAAUUGGAGGAGAAGAAUAUUCGAAGGGUACAAGGAGCUCAAGCUCAGAGAUGAUUUGGAGGUUAUGAUGGAUUUACUUCCAAUUAUUAGGAGAGGGAAAUUAUGUAGGUUGAUCUGGGUCUUGUUGCUGCAGUUUUGGGCUUUUCAAUGUUUUGCUUUUGGGUUUUUCUCUGUGUUCUUCCUGAAAGGCGUUCGUUUGGGUGGCUUAUAGAACUGUAAAAAUUGCUUAGUUGACAAGGGAAAAAAAAAAAAAAAGUUUUAAAGAUGAAGAAAUUAGUGUUGAUUUGAGCCCAGAAUUAACAGAAAGUUCUGAUUGUUUUUUUUAUCUUAUUAGUUAGUAUCAUAUUACCGGAGGAAAAAAAAAAAAUCCAGUCAGUAAAUGUCAGUGUUUGUUUGUUCUUCUGGUCUUGUUCUCCGCCAAAUGUAAGAGGAAGCCGGCGAGGCUUCCGAGGCCAGAAGAAAAAGAAACAACACGGCAAUGAUAAAAAAGAAAAACCAGCCAAAUGGCACAAAAGUAGGGCCAGCAGGAUUAACUAUUAUUAUUAUUUUUUUUUGAAAAAAAAAUAAUGAAUUUGGUUGGGAAAAAGGUUCUUCAAUCAACCUGUUCCAAUAAAAUUCGUCCAGCGUCGGUUUUUUAAAUUUUAAUCUCUAAAAUAAGAAAAGAAUCAUAUGGGUCACUGCAUAUUACAGACUAGUUCGUAGCUGGAUCCAAAACGGCGUUGUCGAGAUAAUAAUUUCAAAUUUUAGGAUGAAAAACUUUGACGAAUUGUCCUGCGUUUUUAGGAAUUCAUCGCUGGAACCAAAAAAAAAACGGUUUUAUUUUGUCGAGCUAAUGCCAUUUUAGAAUGAUUAGGAAAUUUUUGACAGUUUUUGUAGGUUGAGUCUCCGAACGUUAAAUAUAAUACUUGUAGAAGUGAUUUUCUUGAGAUGACGUGAGAGAAAAAAUAUUUUUAUUAAUUUAAUGACAAUUUUUUUUUAUACAAAUAAAACCUUUUAUUGAAGUUUUUCCUUUCUAAAUUUUUUUUGUAAUAAUAAUAAUCAUUACAAAACAAAAAAUAUUGUUUUUA